UACGUUGUGGGAUUGGGGCUCGAGAGCCGAUUGGACCGUUGGCCUCUCUUUUGCCCUCAGCUAACAUUGACUGAAAACGAGUCGUUAUCAUAGUUUUGCUUUUUAGCUAGCCAGUUAAUCAUAGGAGACUUGUAUUUCCUCCGAAUAUAACAUAACAUUUGUUGUUAUAGUUUCUUUAACUAAAUCUUAGACGUAAUGUGAUAGCUCUAUAAAAGCGGUGAAGCAGUUUUAUCAAAGUUAACGUUAGCUGCCGUUUAGAACUAAAAAGGCAAGACAUGAUAUCUUUUUUAAGUUUAACGUUAAUGGAUGCUAAAAUAGCCUACAAAAUCCACUAAAAUAGAUCCUAAUAACUCCUUUUAAAAAAGUCGUUGCGAAUCUAAACCAUUAGUUUUUUGAUAAACGUUAAAUAUCAGUGUACCAGUUUCAAUCUAGCAACAGUUAGCUGCUAACAUUGAAAAGGACAUGGAACAGCAUUUGUUUGAGAAGCCAUCCUCACCUCUGUGUCAGUCCACUCCAAAAAGUGUUAAUCCUCACCAACGGUCAUCAUUAAAGGAUGCAGAUGGGAUGAUCCAAGGCUCUUCAGAACAAAUACCAUUUAUGACUUUGGAUGACAGCCAUGAACCACAGAUUGAAGACUCGGGCAUUGGAGCUUCCACCUUGUCCUGCAGUUCGUCAACGGGUGAACUAGAAGAUAGCUAUGUUUGCUCUUUUCCUCUGAACAAGAGGAUUGAUGAGACUGGGAAGAAAGCUCAAGACCUUAUAGAGAGAAUCAAUCACAGCCGUGCCAUGGAUCAGAAAGUCAUAGCCAACUUUGAGGACACACUGAUGAAGAAGGUGAGGGAGACAUGUCAGGAGUUGAAGGACCACCUGUUCAAUCACUAUGAGGAGCAAAGUCAUGGCAUGGAGGCCCGGCUGCAGGAGCUAUCCGAGGUGUUGGGAAGGAGCAGCCAGCUCAGCGUGGAGCUUCAGGGUGCCAGUCAAGUUUUGGUUUCCAUCAAUAAGGGUCUCCAGCAGACCCCUGAGCAGUAGAUAUACAAGAUGGUAUAUUUCCAUGUCAUGUAUAGCUAUUGUUCUUGUGUUUCAGUAGAAACCUGCUCACUCAAAAUCGGUCAGGCUGUGGUUACUGCACAAGGAGCAUGCUUUGUUCAAGUGUAUUUUGUGUUAUUUGUUCACGUUUCACUUCAUUGAGUUGGAGUUUACGUUUUUAAAUGUCUGAGAAAGUAUUGGGGAUUAUCAAAAUUUAGAUUUUAAUGUUUUGUGAAUAUAUUGUAGGAACUGUGUAUAAGUCAUUAAAAUAGUUUUGAUUCAUUAAAGUGA